UCUCGGAAGCGUAGGAAGGGCGGGAACCCGGAUGUGUGUGGUGGCGGUGGCCGAAGAGCUAGUGUGCGGAGCUGAGAGGCCUAUGGAUGAGGAGGACGCGGAGGCCCCGGUUUGUUCUCAUGAACAAGAUGGAUGACCUCAACCUGCACUACCGGUUUCUGAAUUGGCGCCGGCGGAUCCGGGAGAUUCGGGAGGUCCGGGCUUUCCGAUAUCAGGAGAGGUUCAAGCACAUCCUUGUAGAUGGAGAUACUUUGAGUUACCAUGGAAACUCUGGUGAAGUUGGCUGCUACGUGGCAUCUCGACCCUUGACCAAGGACAGCAAUUAUUUUGAGGUGUCUAUUGUGGACAGUGGAGUUCGGGGCACCAUUGCUGUGGGGCUGGUCCCUCAGUACUAUAGCUUGGAUCACCAGCCUGGCUGGUUGCCCGACUCUGUAGCCUACCACGCUGAUGAUGGCAAGCUGUACAAUGGCCGAGCCAAGGGCCGUCAGUUUGGGUCAAAGUGUAACUCUGGGGACCGAAUUGGCUGUGGCAUUGAGCCUGUGUCCUUUGAUGUGCAGACCGCCCAGAUCUUCUUCACCAAAAAUGGGAAGCGGGUGGGCUCCACCAUCAUGCCCAUGUCCCCGGAUGGACUAUUCCCAGCAGUGGGCAUGCACUCCCUGGGUGAGGAGGUGCGGCUGCACCUCAAUGCUGAGCUGGGCCAUGAGGAUGACAGUGUCAUGAUGGUGGACAGUUACGAGGACGAGUGGGGCCGGCUGCAUGAUGUCAGAGUCUGCGGGACUCUGCUGGAGUACUUGGGCAAGGGCAAGAGCAUCGUUGAUGUGGGGCUGGCCCAGGCCCGGCACCCACUGAGCACCCGCAGCCACUACUUCGAGGUGGAGAUUGUGGACCCUGGAGAGAAAUGCUACAUCGCCUUGGGCCUGGCCCGGAAGGAUUAUCCCAAGAACAGGCAUCCUGGAUGGAGUAGAGGGUCUGUGGCCUAUCAUGCUGAUGAUGGCAAGAUCUUCCAUGGCAGUGGUGUGGGGGACCCGUUUGGGCCCCGCUGUUACAAAGGGGACAUUAUGGGCUGUGGAAUCAUGUUCCCCCGGGACUACAUUCUGGACAGUGAGGGUGACAGCGAUGACAGUUGUGACACAGUGAUCCUGUCCCCGACUGCUCGGGCUGUCCGGAAUGUCCGGAAUGUCAUGUACUUGCACCAGGAGGGGGAAGAGGAAGAGGAAGAGGAAGAGGAGGAAGAUGAUGGCGAAGAGAUAGAGCAGGAGCAUGAGGGCAAGAAGGUGGUGGUUUUCUUUACUCGCAAUGGAAAGAUCAUCGGGAAGAAGGAUGCCGUUGUACCUUCUGGUGGAUUCUUCCCCACCAUUGGAAUGCUGAGCUGUGGGGAGAAAGUCAAAGUAGAUCUGCACCCCUUGAGUGGCUAGGGGCUUCUCCCCUGGACCUGCCCCUUCUCCCUCUACUCACCCUUUGCAGGACCAUGUACCCAGUUCCUGACAUGCCCAAGGAUUUGCUUACCCAGCAGGCCCCAGGGGAUGCAUAGGCACUCUGACC